UGAUAAAGAGAUAUAAAUAAGUAACUUCACAAAUUGAGAGCAUUCAGAACUUUAACCGCUUUGUCUAUAGAUUGAAAAUGAAGUUGACUACCUUCCUUAUACCACUGCUUUGUUUAGAGUGUGCACUACUCGUGUCGUCUCAGACUCUCUCAGAACUGGUAUAUGAGCUAAUAACCACGAACGAAAAUGAAAAAACUGCCUCCGUCAAAAAAUUAUCGGAACAGUACGACCAAACAAAAACGGAAAUCAACAACCUACUGAACAGAAUUACCAUUCCUUAUAUGAAUGUAAUGUACGAAGACCUUGAAAAUUACAUUGAAAAACUCAAAACCGACACCACUUCGGCUGGGUACGAUCCUACGGAUUGCCUUACGGCUACCAAAGAACAUCUAGAAUCCAACUCUAUAACUAAAAUUCUAGACAAGGCCUUAGUUGAGAUGAGUACGGUAUAUGAGGAAAUAGCCUCUAAUAUCCAUUUCACUGGAACUUAUAAUCUUCAGGUAAUAGCCAAUGAGGUUAACACAAUUGCAACAGAUUUUUCUAUAUGCGUGAGUUCCGAAUAUCCCGAAUACUGCAACAAAACUUUGUCUACAAAAGUGAUAGCUAAACAGGACCAAAUACCAGUCUUGUUUAACAAGGAAGUCGAGAGAACCUCGGUUGCCCUGACACAGCUGGUGGUGGAGUACGAGAACAGAAUUCAGGACUAUCAGCAGGAAGCAGUAGCGGUUACGAAGCCAUAUCUGGCUCUGUUGGAAAGUUGCAUAUCUGUAGUUCUGACUAAAUAAAGUUAAUGUGCGAGUUUAAAAACUUAUAUCUUUGUAUAUGUAAAAAAAUACACAAAUUCCAUUUUU